AAGGAGUCUGAGGGGUCGAUGUCGGAGAUUACUUGGCUGAGAGGGAGUUGUGGAGGGCAGUCAAGCAACAGCAAUAGGCACCGCUACGAAGGCGAGGUUGACCCUUUUCACAUCUAUCUUCAGACUAUACCUCGGUCGAUGCUAAUGAGAAGAAAUGCAGAAUGGAAGCGAAGAAAGCCAAUAACAAGAAACAUAGGAGAGCUCCAGGAAGUGGGGACGCCGCAUCACAUCUUUUGAUCAAAGACCCUGAAGAACACGAACAACAUCGUAGAUUUUCCGUUGAGUGUGCGUCUACAGGUCGUUGUUAAUGCUUCUUAUUUAUGCCGUAGCUGGAAUCUUUCGACACCAAGAUAAAUGGCCAAACAACAAGAAGACAAUCAAAUUAGGUUUUGAUUAAGAAAGUCACGCCAGCCAUCGGAGAAUGGCGACGAGUCUUUGGCAUCCUUGCGAUAAACACCACGCCUUGAUCCUGCGAGAGUUGAGUGAAAACUGUAGCUUCCCAUGCCGUAUCUGCGAGUUGCAUUUCAAUGGCCCGACUUACUGCUGCUGGGGCUGCGACAUGUUCCUCCACAAGUCAUGUGCCGAGCUGCCUCUCGAGACGCGGCAUCCUGCUCACCCACACCCCCUGGCUCUAUCAACUGAGAUGGUUCCAUCAGGAGAAAGAUGCGGCACUGCUUUGAGUGAUGGAAUACUGCGCGGCGAAUUCUCCAAAGAAGUUUUUGUCUACCGCUGCGGUGACUGCUCUUUCAGCUUGGAUGUGACUUGGGUAUUUCGAGCUCUGUUCCCCUCGGAGGGGGAGGAGCAGGAGAAAGGCACCAUUCGGCAUUUUGCUGAUGACCAUCCUCUCACCUAUUUCCAUUUCAAUAAGCCAAUCAAGGUCGAGUGCCGAGCAUGUGAGCAGCAGAUCGCUGGCCCAUUUUAUGGGUGCCCUAUCUGCAGUUUCUAUCUCCAUGAGUCGUGUACCCAGCUAGAGCUGGCCAGGGAGAUAGCACAGCACCCUUUUCAUCCCGAACACCAUCUGACCCUCUUCUUUCCUGCUAGCGAAGUCCGCUGCGAUGCCUGUUGUAGUUGUAUUGGCAAAGAGUACAAUGCUUUCGCGUACAAGUGCAACGAAUGCCGGUUUAACCUCGAUGUCCGGUGCGUCACUUCAUUUCUGCCUUUUGGAUAUAAGCAAGAGGACUGCAGAGCAAUUGAACAUUUUUCCCAUCAGCAUCAGCUGGUAUCUUUCUCUGUAAAGAUGGAGAAUAUGGAUAUCCGCUGCAAAGCCUGCGAACUGAAGAUAUCGGGGGAAGUUUACGGCUGCCCUGAUUGCAAGUUCUUCCUUCACAGGUCCUGCAAGCAGGAAUUACCCCAGGAGAUGUCACACUUUCUUCAUCCGGACCACCCCCUCAUCUUCCGAGCAAAGCCGACAUAUCCGGGGGGGACUUUCGCUUGUGAUUCCUGCAUGUGUGUAUCAUCCGGCUGCACAUUCAGUUGCGAAGAGUGUAGCUUCGACCUGGACUUGGUAUGUGCUCUUUCAACCUUCUCUGCCAUCAAAGAGGGGGUAGCUACUGAAAUUCAACACUUUUCCCACGAUCACUCCCUGACCCUUAUAUACCGUCGGACUGCACUUGGCUGCAUCAUUUGUGGUGGGUCUGUCUUAGGUCUAGCCUAUUCUUGCCUUACCUGCGACAGUCUUCAUAAAAGUUUUCUGCUCCACAAGUCAUGUGCCAAGCUGCCACAGGAAUCGGAUCAUCCAUUUCACCCAGCGCAUCCUCUCACUCUUCAAUCAAAAAAACACUUCUUCUGCGAAGCCGAUGGCGUAGAGAGUGAAGGCUUCUGUUUCUGCUGCGAUAAAUGCCAGUUCUUCUUGGGUGUGGGAGCCGCUUCCUUGAAAAAACCAACUUUGAAGCAUCGGCCCCACGAACACGACCUAUUUCAUUUCAAGAGACUCGGUGGUUUGAAAUGCUGCAAUUAUUGUGGCAAGAAGAGCUCCGUGGACUCAUACCGCUGUGUCCAAUGUGAUUUUACCGUUCAUUACGAUUGCAUUCGUAUACUACCUCUUUCCAUCAAGCACGACACACACUUCCAUCCUUUAGCCCUCCUCGACAAAUUAAUCGUCAAACAUCACGAAGACCAGCAAUACUGUGAUGCCUGUGAGAGAACAAGGAGACCGGACCGUGGUGUUUAUUACUGCGCAGAAUGCAACUUUGCUGCUCAUAUUGGGUGCGCGAUCCCCUCGGUGGAGAUCGAGGAGACGAAACCAGCUGAGUUGGAGAAAGUGGAUCGAGAAAUUGCAAGAUUAGUGACUGAUAUACAGCAAAAAGAGACGAACAUAGAGGCGAUGCAGAUAGAACUAGAGGAAUCGAGGAAGCGACUGGAGGAACUUCGGAUGAAGAGAGAUGAUCUGGCUAUAUGAAAGCACGAGGUACUGAACGUGGAAAUGCAAGGGGCAUAAAAGUAUGGAUCUUACACGUUCUUUAGGCUACAUUUCCUUCAUGAGUUCACGGUUGAUUCUGCAACUUUUUUGAUUUGGGGUAUUUUCUAUGCUUCGUUUGCUGUGAAAUGAGGGACAACCUUUGACACAGGUUGCUCCUCGCAGAUGGUUCUAUAAAUUAAAUUAGAUUAAUCAAGAUUUUAUGUUGCAUCCCCUGUAAAAUGGCAUUCAACACGAAUGAGAAGUGGCGCACUGAUGCGUGGCGGAAUCCAAUGAACAAAUGUAUCUGCAGAACUGGAUAUGUGCUUUCCGAAGUUCAUCUGUAUCAUAAUGAACGUUAUCAUUCCUCUCUCUUUUUAAAGUCAGAACUCAAUCCAUUGCCGUUGCACCAUUGAGUUCAUGGGGUCAAGAAAAUGACAAUACCCUCGGUCCUAAAGCAGAAGUCAGAACCCCAAAACUCUGUCAUGAUAUAAAUCUUUGCGCAUGAAAAUCUGAUGCUAGUAAAGGUAGUGGUAAUAAACCUAUAUGGUUAUGGUGACUAUAUUGUACAUUCACAUUGUCCCCACUAUCAGAGUCCUCGUAACAUUUACGAAGUUUGAGGAGCUUCAUCUUGUAGAAGAGUUCUCGACUCCUCUAUCAAGUCCAGCCAGCUUCAAGGAUGCCAAAACAGAGGAGUCUGAGGGGUCCAUAUCAUGGAUAUCUUGGAUGAGAGGGAGUCGCGGAAGCCAAUCAAGCGACAGCGGUAGCCACCUCUAUAAAGACGAGGCAGACCCUUUCCACAUACCUUGAGACUACACAUGGGUCUAUGCUAAUGAUGAGAAGAAACGCAGGCCAAGAAAGUCAUGAACAAGAAACAUAGGAUACAUACCCGCAGCUACCAGAAAUGGGAAUGCCGCACCGCAUCGUUUGAGCAAAGACCCUGGAGAAUAUGAACAACAUCAAAUAUGUGCCGUUGAGGUGAUUCUGCAUAACAUCUGCAUUCGUUCUUCUGAUGGAAAUUGGGGGAGGAGGAUAUGAAGACAGUAUGUGUUAUCUCACCUGUUAUUCACUCGGGAAGAGCAUUAUGUUUCUUUUACUGUACUAUGCUUUAUGAUGUGAAAUUGAGUUGGGAGUACAGUCUCCUCUUUAAUACUGAUUUCGGUAGC